AUGUACCGAAAAAAUGUAUGUGUGGUAAUAUUCAACGAAGAUCUUAACUUUCUCGCCUGCCAGCGAAUUCAUGAGGAUAAGUUCCAAUUUGUACAGGGCGGUGUUGAGGAAGGGGAUGCCGAUAUUAUUCGAGCAGCAUAUCGUGAAGUGCAUGAGGAGGUCGGACUUUUUCCAGAGGAUUUACGACUUAUUGGUGAAAUUAUGCCGCCAAGUGGGGAUCCACACGAGUUUCGUUACAUACUCCAUGAAGGUGCAAAUUUGCGUCAUUUUGGAUACGUGGGCCAACAGCAACGACUUUUUUUAUUUUACACGCCCUCCAGCACUAUUCAAAGGGUCCGUUUAGUGCCACCAAAGGGAAGUGUUGCAAAGCAGGAGUUCUCCCAUGUGGAAUGGCUGCCGAUUGAUGAGAUAAUCGAACGUUGCCCGAAAGAAAAGCAACAUAUUUUUGUUGCGGUAUCGAAGGUGGCGAUCCCCAUGGCUAAGGCAUUUUUGAAAACAAGGUCUUCCAUAUAA